CAUCCGGACGAGCGACCACAGUAACCGAGGGCAGUACGCUUGAACUCCAGCCUCUGACUCACGUAAUUAUGCAAAUGACCAAAACUCAAGCAUAUUUAAACCGAUGACAACUCGCAGGAGGUGUCAGUCGGACAGGCAGGAAGAGAAGAGAGCGUGACAAGCCUCAGGAACGGGAUACAAAACGGCGAAAAGGACUAAUUUCCGUUUGUCUUGUCAUCUGGGGAUCUUAAGGCUUCUGAAUUUCUGUGGCUGCCAAGGAGGCGAGGAACGAAGGGACUCUGCACAUUCUGAGACCAUUUUUGGCUCAGUUUUGGGGGUGUUUAUUCUGCCUUUGGACUAUGGGUCGUGGUGGUAUAUUGUUCAUAGUGUGGGUCUUGUGCUUAGCGAGAGGAAAUUCGCUGGAACGUGGACUUGGAGAUAAUCCUGAUAUUUAUCUAAGUGUGCCAGAGCUGAUUGCAAAAUAUGGAUACCCGAUCGAAGUUCACCACGUGACCACAGACGAUGGCUACAUUCUAGAACUCCACCGAAUCCCACACGGACGCAAGACAAGCCACAGCUCUCUUCACGAGCCGAAUCAUAGCCCCUUCGAAAAUGAAGUUACCGGGAAGAUGCCCGUGUUCAUGCAGCACGGCCUCAUGUCAUCAUCAUCCAGUUGGGUUCUUGGCCCAGUCGAUAAAGCUCCAGCGUACAUGAUGGCCAAUGCUGGGUAUGACGUGUGGCUGGGCAAUGCGCGAGGGAACCGGUAUUCUAAGAACCACACCCAUUUGUCACCCAAAAAUAAGAAGUUCUGGGAUUUCAGUUGGGAUGAAAUGGCUGAGCAUGACAUACCUGCUGUGAUAGACUACAUUUUAGAGGAAACAAAACAUUCUCAGCUGUACUAUAUUGGACACAGUAUGGGCACAACCAUCUUCUACGGAUGCAUGUCCAGUCACCCUCAGUAUAACAAAAAGAUUAAGGCGAUGUUUGGGCUUGGACCGGUAGCCACUGUGAAGCAUAUUAUAAGUCCUAUCAAGUACCUGGCUCCUUUUGCUAAUGAUAUACAUAUUUUGUUAAAUCUACUUGGUGAUUACGAGUUCCUGCCCUACAAUCGGAAGUAUGUGGAGUGGACGGAAUUCGUAUGCACUCACUUCAGGUACGAGAAACUCAUGUGUCGGGACGCGCUUUUCUUCUUGUGUGGAUUUGAUGCUCAUCAGUUUAAUAUGACUUGGCUUCCUGUCAUUCUAAGUCAUGGAGCCGAGGGAACAUCCACAAUGACUGUAGUUCAUUAUGCACAGGAAGUCAACACAGGGGCAUUUGAACACUAUGAUUUUGGAAAGUCAGAGAACAUGAGGAGGUAUCACCAACCAACUCCUCCAAAGUACGACCUGAAAAAUGUGACGGCACCAGUGGCUCUGAUCUGGGCGCAGAAUGAUUGGCUCGCGGAUCCCGAAGAUAUUGUGUACCUUGCCUCACAACUUCCAAAUUUGGUAAUGAAUGUAAAGAUGCCAUUGCCCGAUUUCAACCAUAUGGACUUCAUCUGGGGAAUUGAUGCAGAUAAACUUGUCUACAAAAGAAUCCUGAAGUAUAUGAAAUUCUUCUAAUCAAAAUGAAUGUUGAGAUAUUGCUUUAUUGCAAUCUAUGAUAUAGAUUGUUUGUAAUGCUGCAAUCUAUGAUAUAGAUUGUUUGUAAUUCUUCAUUCCGUUUAUGUAUGGCACUUUUUUGUGUAAAUACAUAAAGAUCAUUAUAUAUUGUAUAUAUGAUUUAGGUAUCAGUUUACUGUGAAAUUGUUACUUAUAACAUUAUUACUUUUAGUCCCCAUUAUUGUAGAAUUUAAAAUGAAAAUAAGCUUGCUGAAAUAUUGGUGUACGCUUUAAGAAUACCAGUGGUCACAAAGAAAGAAAAAAAAAUUGGAAAUUGUUUUAACAAUACCAGUGGUUACAACAGACUUUACAAAAUAGGUAUUUUCUGACAGUUAUGACUUCCUUAUCUUUUUACUUUGUAGAAAGUAUUUCUGGGAUGAGAAUUUUUAGGGAACCAUACUAUACAGAAAUUUCAAUUCAUGCUUAGAGGAUGUGAGUAAGACCUCUCUCCCAAUGUUUUUUUAUUAGUAUAUUUGAAAUCUGUUUUAUAUUAUUUAUUAUUUCCUGAUUACUUUGAUGUUAAGUACUUGAGAAGUUGUCAAUAGAAAACAAAAAAUAGUAAGAUGUUCUUAAAACCAUAGAUGUGUGAAUUUAUGAUUGUACUGGCUGCCAAAUGUAUGUUUGUGUGAUUCGUAUAAAUAUAUGGAUGUGCACACACACGCACACACACACACACACACACACACACACACACACACACACACACACACACACACACACACACA